AUGAGGCUGAGGAGCUUUAUUUGUUUGUCAAUUUCCGGACGAAUCGCGUCGUCUGCGUGGUGGUUCUUCACGAUGAUCAUCGUCUCGUCAUAUACUGCAAACCUGGCCGCUUUCCUGACGCUCGAAAAAAUGCAAGCGCCGAUUGAAAGUGUUGAAGAUCUUGCCAAACAGACAAAAAUCAAAUACGGUAUUCAGGGUGGAGGAUCGACAGCGUCGUUUUUCAAGUACUCGUCGGUACAAAUCUACCAACGAAUGUGGCGCUACAUGGAAUCGCAAGUACCGUCAGUGUUUGUUUCCAGCUACGCAGAGGGUAUCGAAAGAGUUCGUAGUCAUAAAGGGCGGUACGCGUUUCUUCUUGAGGCCACCGCUAAUGAGUACGAGAAUACGCGGAAGCCUUGUGACACAAUGAAAGUCGGUGCGAAUUUGAAUAGCAUCGGCUAUGGGGUGGCAACACCUUUUGGCUCCGAUUGGAAGGAUCACAUCAAUCUUGCGAUUCUCGCUUUACAAGAGAGAGGAGAGCUGAAGAAGUUGGAGAAUAAGUGGUGGUACGAUCGCGGGCAGUGUGAUCAAGGCAUCACUGUGGUCUGCAACAUUAUCCUAUAG